GCUCAGAUUCGCUACCGACCUUCGUGAUUUUGAUCGAGCCUCUUUUGGACCAGACACGGACGCACAGUGGUACCGAUCCACGCAGGGUGAAACAUGGCGGCCGUCCAGGUGUCCGAGUCCGACCAGAUCAAACAGUUCAAGGAGUUUCUGGGAACCUACAACAAAGUAACAGAGAACUGUUUCAUGGACUGCGUGAAAGAUUUCACCUCGAGAGACGUGAAGCCAGAGGAG